AGAGGAGGAACCAAAAGCCGCAGGGAUGUCAGGGAAGGGGGUAUGGAGUCUGAGCACAACAAGGAGGAACAACAGCGAAAGGAUGUUCAUUUGAGAGUAAUAGGCAUUAAUCACAGACUUCGCCUUCAUUAGCAGUGCAACAGAGAAUGCCAAGAAUCAGAGUGAGGAGGACAAACAGAGGGCUGGUGCCACCAGCAAUAUAUGAAAGGGCAUAUGCAGCAGUGGUGGAGGGGGCCAGCAUUAGGAAGGUGGCUAAGGAGUAUGGCGUGAGCCAUGGCACUCUUGCUCGCUAUGUCAAGAGGAGAGGAGAGGCCGAGCCGGGAAGAGCUAUUACCCCUCCAGGCUACUGGACCCCAACCAAUAGGGUCUUUACAGAUGGUCAGGAGGAGAAACUGUACGCCUGCCUAGAAAGGGCGGACUUCAGCCUGAGCCCUAGAGAGGUACGAAAGUUGGCAUUUGAGCUAGCAGUGGGGUACAACUGCAGCUUCCCACCAUCUUGGCAGGAAAAAAAGAUGGCAGGGAAGGAUUGGUUUGCCUCCUUCAUGGAGCGCAGUGGAAGCCUCUCCAGACGCAAUCCUCAGGCAACUAGUAACUCCCAUUUUACUAGUUUUCACAAGACCAAAGUGGCAGCCUUCUUUACCAACUUAAAGAUUGUUCUUGACCGCCACAGCUUCCAGGCCAAGGACAUCUGGAACAUGGACGAGACUGGAGUUACAACCGUCCAGGCGCCGGUCGGGGCAGUGACUUCUGCAGAGACUGGGACACUGGUCACCGUUGCCCUGGCAGGAAAUGCACUGGGUAGAGUUAUCCCUCCCUUUUUCAUUUUCCCCAGGAAGCAAUUCCAGUCGCAUUUCCUCAAGGGUGGUCCAGUUGGCUGCACUGGAUCAGCAAAUGGCAGUGGGUUGAUGCAGGAGGACGACUUCCUGCAGUAUUUGGCCCACUUUGCAGGCAACGCCCGGGUCAGCAAAGAGUCCAAGCUGCUGCUCCUCCUGGACCCUUCUCAUCUAUCCCUCAGAGCCAUCGAUUACUGCAGGGAAAAUGGGAUUGUGUUAUUGUCUUUCCCUCCCUACUGCACCCACCGUCUGAAGCCAAUGGACCGCAGUGUCCUUGGCCCUCUGAACACCUACGUCAACUCGGCCGCAGAUCAGUGGAUGAGGGUGCAUCCAGGCACAAACCUUACCGUUUAUGAUGUCCCAUCCAUAGUCUCAUCGGCCUUACCUCUGGCGGUGCAGGAGUCAAAUGUCACCUCUGGGUUUUCUGGAACUGGGAUUUGGCCCUUCAACCCCUUGACAUUUGACAAAGAUGACUUUGCGCCUUCCUAUGUAACUGACCAGGUCCAAGAGGCUGAAAACACCAGUGAUUCAACAGUCUCUGAUGAAGCUGCCCAAGAAUACAGCCCGGAGUUUGUCCAUCCUUUCCCCAAGGCUGGCCCUAGAAAAAAUACAAUGAGAAAAGGGAUAAGGAGGACAACUGCAAUACUUACGGACUCUCCGGUGAGGGCAGCUUGGGAGGAGGCGAGACACCAGCGUCGACCUAAGCCAUCCUCCAAGGCAAAGGCACAGACAAAAAAGCUCUUCUCGCCCCCCACCACUUGCACCGCUGCUAGGCCCUCUGCUGCAGCUGCAGCUGCCACCGCCGCGGACACCUGCCCGUCUGUGGAGGUCACCCUUACUGAGGAGUGCCUGGUGUGCUGCGGGUCCUUCAGCGACUCCGUGCCUGGAGAGGUGUGGAUGCAGUGCCUUCUCUGCUAUGGCUGGGCACACGGGGUCUGCACAGAUGGAAUGGGGGACUAUGUGUGCCACAACUGUGAUGUGGAGCAAAGGUGGAGGAAUAACAAUGAGAUACUAAAUAUAAUUGUAGUGCAAUAGUAAUAAUAAUAAUAAUAAAAAAGUA